AUGAAGUACGAUACCGUCAUUCAAGAAUAUCUUGAUCUCAACCACAUGAAAGAGGUCUUUCCUACCCAUGAUUCUGCGAGUUAUUAUCUUCCGCAUCAUGCCGUGCUCAAGCCGGAAAGUACGACCACCAAGCUUCGUGUGGUGUUCAAUGCCUCCAGCCCUUCAGACAAUGGGGUCAGUCUUAAUGAUAUCCUUCAUGCUAGCCCGGUCUUACAGUCCGAUCUGACCAUUCAAAUUCUGAAGUGGCGAUAUUUCCGAUACGUUUACAGUGCCGAUAUCGAGAAAAUGUAUCGACAGAUCUGGGUAGACCCGAAGCAUACCCCGUUCCAACGCAUUUUAUUCCGAAACAGCGAGGGGUACAUUCGAGAUUUUGAGUUAAAGACGGUAACUUUCGGGAUUAAUUGUGCGCCCUUCCUGGCGAUACGAGUCCUACAACAGCUGGCGACUGACGUGCAGCUCAGCCAUCCAAGAGCGAGCAAAGUCAUUCGUAAUGCAAUGUAUGUAGACGAUGUCCUUUCGGGAGCUGACUCUGCUGAAGAUGCUCAGCUCACAAUAAAGGAGUUACAGAGUGCCCUAGACUCCGCGGGCUUUCCGUUAAGAAAAUGGACGUCCAACAACAAAGAGGUGUUAGCUCAUAUCCAAGCCGGUCAUCUUCUGAACAGCGAUUUCCUUGAUCUCGACACUGAAAGUACAGCCAAGACUCUCGGUGUACGGUGGAGAGCGACGUCCGAUGAGUUUUUCUUCGUCCCCCCAGAUCUACCCACAGAAAUCUCCCCCACAAAACGCCAGGUGCUUUCCCAAAUUGCCAAACUGUUUGAUCCAGCAGGCUGGCGCGCUCCAUUUGUUGUGUGUGCCAAGAUCUUUAUGCAAGAGAUUUGGCUUCAGGAGCUGGGGUGGGACGAUAAGCUGCCAUCUGAGUUGUGCCAAAGGUGGCACAGUUUUCUUCAGAGCUAUUCGGUCCUUGAUCAGGUCCGGAUUCCAAGAUGGGUUUCCUUUCGCCCAGAAUUCCGCUUAGAGCAUCAUGGAUUUUGUGAUGCCUCGCAGAAAGCCUACGGCGCUGCGAUCUACGUGCGCGUAGAGAUGGGACAUACCACGAUGGUACACCUGCUCACCGCCAGGACGCGUGUUGCGCCAGUCAAAACUGUGUCGCUUCCUCGCCUAGAGCUGUGCGGAGCUUUACUGCUAGCCGAAAUGGCUGAAGCGAUUCUUCCCAGCAUGCCGAUGCUGAAUUCGAGCCUCCACUGCUGGACCGAUUCCACCAUUGUGUUGGCAUGGUUAGCAAAACCAGCUUGCCAUUGGACUACGUUCGUUGCCAACAGAGUGACGAAGAUCACUCAGUCCACAGAGGCAGCCAACUGGUCGCACGUUCAAUCCGAACAUAAUCCCGCUGACUUGGCUAGUCGAGGGGUAGCCCUUCCAGAGCUUGUCGGUAGUUCUCUCUGGUGGCAUGGACCCACUUGGUUGCAAAAGCCACGCAGCCAAUGGCCUAGCCAGGGGACCGACCUUCCCGUGACCGAGAUCGAAAAGCGAGCAGUCAAAGCCCACGUAGCAUAUAUUCCGAACGAAGAUUUCCUUGAUCGUUUUUCCAAAUUGGAUAGAGCGUUGCGGGUCCUCGCGUAUGUCCAGCGUUUUAUCAAUCGGUGCAAGAAACAAUCGCCGCUUUCAGAGAUCCGUCUGGAGGCCAAGGAACUUGUCGCCGCCGAACGGCUCAUGAUUCUCUGCACUCAGCGCAGGUAUUUAACGAACGAGUAUCGCUGUUUGAGUCAGAAGCUUCCGGUGCCCCCUUCCAGUUCGAUCCUCUCCUUAAACCCUUUCCUAGAUCAGGAGGGGCUGAUAAGGGCAUGUGGCCGUGUCACAGCCUCUGAAAGUUUGCGUUACGAUGAACGACACCCGAUAAUCCUCCCGUACGAAUGUUCACUCUCUCGGCUUCUGGUAAAGUUCACCCAUCUCAUUACGCUACACGGGGGUAAUCAGUUGGUGGUACGUCUCACCCGUUCCAGAUAUUGGGUUCCGAGAGCUAAAAACUUGGUGAAGGCAGUUAUCAAUGCCUGCAAGGUCUGCGUGAUCUACAAAAAGAGAUUGCAAAGUCAGAUGAUGGGAAAUUUGCCAAGAGAACGAGUGUCAUUCUCCCGUCCAUUCACGUACACGGGUAUGGACUACGCAGGGCCCUUCGACAUAAAGAAUUACACUGGCAGAGCCUGCCUUAUUACUAAAGGGUAUGUGUUGGUUUUCGUUUGCUUCUCCACCAAGGCUAUCCAUUUGGAGCCUACUUCAGAUCUGACGACCGAGAAAUUUCUUGCGGCAUUCGCUCGGUUCGUAUCCAGAAGAGGGUGUCCUCGCCAAGUGCAGUCGGACAAUGGGAAGACCUUUGUUGGCGCUGCCACAUUACUGUCCCGAGAUUUUCUCCAGGCCGUUAAAGAGUUUGUGACUGAUGCGUAUAGUCAUCAGCAGCUCGACUAG